AUGACUGUCAAUGUUUUCGCUGUUCCAGUCUUCUUCAUCUGCUUUCGAGAGUGCUUGGAGACAGUCAUCAUCGUCUCGGUACUUCUGGCGUGGCUGAAGCAGACAAUUGGUCCCGAACGCGACCCUCAUGUCUACAAGAAGCUCGUCAGGCAAGUCUGGUGGGGCGUCGGACUAGGUCUUGCGAUAUGCAUCAUCGUCGGUGGUGGCAUGAUCGGUGCGUUUUACGGCUUUGGCAAAAACCACUUCGCUGCUACGGAAGACAUCUGGGAAGGCUCUUUCGGACUGCUAGCCACCAUCAUCAUCACCGUUGUUGGAGCUGCCCUUCUGCGAGUCUCCAAGCUGCAGGAUAAAUGGCGCGUCAAGCUCGCUCGGGCACUGGAGAAGAACGAUCAGACUGCCAAGGGCAGCACAGCCAGCCGUUUCAAGCUAUGGUGUCAGAAGUACGCCAUGUUCCUGCUACCGUUCAUCACGGUCCUACGAGAAGGCCUUGAGGCUGUGGUGUUCAUCGGUGGUGUUGGCCUGAGUCUGCCUGCUACUGCAUUCCCUCUUGCCGUCGUUUGCGGUAUACUUGCGGGAGUCCUGGUCGGUUACCUCAUCUAUCGUGGUGGCAAUUCCACGAAGCUUCAGAUCUUCUUGAUCAUCUCCACCUGCUUCUUGUAUUUGGUCGCAGCUGGCUUGUUUUCCAAAUCAGUCUGGUUUUUCGAGAAUCACGCCUGGAAUAAGCUCGUCGGUGGCGAUGCCAGUGAAACUGGUUCUGGCCCUGGCUCGUACAACAUCCACAACAGUGUGUGGCAUGUCAACUGCUGCAACCCCCAGAUCAAUGGCGGUGGCGGAUGGGGCAUCUUCAACGCCAUCUUUGGCUGGACCAAUUCUGCUACCUAUGGCUCGGUCAUCGCAUACAACCUGUACUGGGUAUUGAUCAUGGCCGGCUUCUUGGCCAUGCGCUACUUCGAGCAAACCGGACAUUGGCCACUCAUGAAGGCGAAGGCGGAAGCCGAUGAUGAGCUUACCGACAGCGAUAAUAGUCGCAGUGGAAGUGGUGUUGCCGACCCCACGUUUGAGAAGAAGGAUGCGCCCGAGUCUACUGCUGCUUUCACAAAAGUUCGUGAGGUUGGGGUAUAG